AUGAUUCAUACUUCACUCUAAUUUCAGUAAUUUUUCGUAACCAAACGUUUUAAUUUUAAAUUACAAUAUACAUGUCUAUAAAUUAUACUCAUAACUGAAAGUCACUUUAAACUAUUAUUAUUAUUAUGCUUUCGGGCGUUCAAUUAGUUUUUCACUCUAGCCGUUAGAACCGAAAGUUAUUUUUCCUUCGGACAAUGAUGAUGCGCAACCCAAUCAUCCGUCGUUGAUGAAACCAUUUCUUCGAGCGCAAAGUUCUUAUUUUAAUAACAAUAACAAUAUUAAACAACCCUGCCCACGCGGAUCGAUGACUACUGACUAGUCAUGGAGUCCAAGUUCUCGGGUUUUGCUAAAGAGACUACUGUCAGACCGGCAUGUAAGAAAUGUGGUUACUCCGGUCACCUGACGUUCCAAUGUCGAAAUUUUAUCAAAAUCGAUCCCAACAAGGAUAUUGUGUUGGAUGUAAGCAGUACGAGCAGUGAACCGGAAGAAGAGUAUGUGACGCCACUGGUGCAGCUGCGCGAGACUGAAUUAGCCUUAAAACUAAAAGAGGCAGCAUCCAAAAAGAAGAAAAAGAAAAAGAAAAAGUCAAAGAAACGGAAGCAUAAUACAUCCGAUAGCGAUUCAUCAGACGAUGACACAGAACGAAAAAAGAAACAUAAGAAACAUAAGAAACAUAAAAAAGAAAAAAAAUCUAAAAGUUAAGUAAUAAAUAAGUUGGUAACAUAUUUUGUAGGUUUUAAACAUAA